AUGAAAUCACGACGCUCCAGCUCAGCACGCAUGAUUUCGGACGUACACAGUUCAUGCUGUCUGUCUUGCUGGUCCUGCUGCAACUCAAUGUGUAACUCUGCAGUACUUAUUUUUUCUUUGCAUACACUCGGGUGGCGGCGGUGGUUCUGUACAGGAGCCGGUAGCAGGGUAGGGGCUUCUCAAACGGGAUAUGGACAUCCUUCGGGUGAUAGACUUGGCUGUUGGCUUCUGAUGCAGGAAAAAGAAUAGCAAAAUCAAAAGGGGGGAGUUGGCGCUCGCGUUUCUUCAUGAGCUCGCGUUUCUUCAUGAUUGUACACACACACUAUGAAUGAAGAAAUCAGAGCUAUUCAGAGCGCUGGCGUUGCGGCUGUUGCGAAUUAAUAUUUGUCGCGAAUUAUUUGUCGCGAAUCAUUUGCCAGCCUUGUGAUGCGGAAUAAACAAACUUGGAGAAUUGGUUUCAAAGUAAAUCAGCACAAUCAUGUAGCAGAUGCCCAUGCAAACAGUUUGAGAAUUCCAUAGAGAAUCGGGACACGUCGACCACGUGGCGAACAACCCUGA